GAACCUCACACUAAUCAUGAAUCGCUUUGAAAAGGGUCGCAAAGUCACCAGUUCACAAUUCAACACCUGCUUCAAUAUACACGGAGAGAGCAAUGAUAUGUUGCCCAAGAAUUGUCCAAAUUGUCUGGGAUUCCUCGAAGAUCAGGAGCGGUGGUACCUCGAGGCCUGCUUCGAGAUCAGAGCCGUGAUGAAGGAGCUAGAGCAGCACGUGAGAGACUAUGUUACCAAGCCUGAGCUCAUCCAGGAGCAUGCAUCCGAUGGCACAAGACAUUUCAAUCCCGAUGGCAUUGCUUUCUGUGAGCUCAAUAUACAGAGGCUAGAUAUUGCUCAAGGUAUGCUACAGACAUUGUAUGUCGAUGCUGAGCUGGGCGAGGGUUGGCCACGAACAGGCAAGUCUGGAGACAUUAGUCAUGACUUUAGUCAAGUAAAGAAGACCGAGCCAGACGAAGUAAAGAAUAAAGCGCCAGGCGACCCGAAGACGUCAAAAGACGGCCAAGAUAACGAGGCCGACGAGACCACCUCUCAUCGGGCUCAAGGGAAGACGAAAAAGAGCAAGACGAAAAAGACCAGGAAGUCGAAGAAGCCAAAACGCUGAAAGUGUUGAUCAGCUCAAGCGCUGACGCCACCACAUAGAGUAUCACAAUCAAUCCAAGAAGAUACGUAUCAGUGGACACGCGUGCGAGCGACGGAAAAGGAGUGUCAACCAUGCUGGGGAAGAACGCAAGUCGAACCUGCCCAGACCUCGAAACAAUCAUGCAUGCAUAACAAGGCAACAGACAGCCACAUGACCUGAGAUGGUCGAUAUUUGUAACCACUAUCC